AACUAGUGCACAGACACAGUGGAGAAAUAUGCUUAGAAACGUUGCACACACAAGCAGUGGAUGGUCCCACUGGACCCGCACGUCGUCUGUGGGGGUCAGAAUGUUUAGCAGCAGUUCUUUGCUUUGGAAUGAUGCCCGGCCACAAUCUCCAAUGAAAGUCUUCUUCGAUACCUUCAAGAGCGAGGUCAAGAAGUCUAAUGAAUUAAAGGAAAACAUCAAGGCCUUACAAGACGAGACCGGCCGGUUGGGAGAAAGCGAUGCCUUCAAAAAAGCCAAGGAAGCCUACGAUAGGGCCCAGAAGGGAGGAAGUGCAGCAGGAAAGGUGGCUUCUAAAGCAGCUGAGAACAUUGGAGAAGUGGCCUAUAAAGCAUGGGAAUCCGAGAUAGGGAAAGGUGUAAGAACCACCGUUAAGUCCAGUGCUCAGGCCGCGGAUAAGGCGUUCGAGCCGGUGAGAAAGACUCAGGUUUACAAAGAUGUUUCCGAAGUUAUAGAUGAUGGAACCUCUAAUGCUUAUGGGGGAUUCUUGACCAAAGAGAAAAGAGAAAAGUUGAGACAAAAGGAGUUACAGGAAAGAUUGAAGAGCGGAAAGAUGUGGAAGCCGCUCUCGAAGGACGAGGAAAACGUACGUACUGAGUUGGUGGCUACUGAACAUAAAGCCACCGGUCCAAGUUUUGAUGAUAAAUGGGAAAACUUCAAGUUGAAAAAUCCCAUUGGAAAAGUGUUUGUGCUUGUGAAGGAAAGAUGGGACGAAAGUGAAAACGGCUUGAUCUCAUUGAUCAGAACCAUCGUGGAGAAAGUGGUGGGAUUCUUUGCUGAGACUGAGCAAGCCAAAGUAGUUAGGCAGUUUAAGCAGAUGGAUCCAAGCUUCAGAUUGACCGACUUCCAAAAGACAUUGACCAACUACAUUGUUCCUGAAUUGUUAGAUGCCUACGUCAAGAACGACGAAGAGAUAUUGAAAAAUUGGUUAAGUGAAGCUCCUUUCAACGUGUGGAAAGCCACCAACAAACAGUUUGUGCAACAAGGAGUGUUCUCUGAUUCCAAGAUUUUGGACCUCCGUGGGGUAGAGGUGGUCACGUGCAAGUUGUUACAGCCCAGUGACGUGCCGGUGAUCGUGGUGAGCUGUCGGGCUCAGGAAAUUCAUUUGUACAGAAACAUCAAGACUGGAAAAGUGGCAGCCGGAACCGAAGAUAAUAUCCAGUUGAGCACAUAUGCGUUAGUUUUGACCCGGAACCCAGAAGAGUUCCACAACGAAGUCACCGAUGGCUGGAAGGUGUUGGAGUUUGCCCGAGGUGGCUCCAGACCCUUUCACUAGUUUGUAAAUAGUAUUUUUAAUGUACAUAUAGUCAUCGAGU